UCUCUCAAGUCUCAACAGCACGCCGCCUUUCACCAGACAAAGAACAAAGUUCCAUCCGAGGGAUGUCGAGACCGGUCCCGAGGAACGACGUGGAGAUCGAAGGAAGAUUCGUGCUGCUGGAGCUCGGACCCCAUGAGCAAACCAAGAGAUCCAGGAAAGAGUUCUCUGUCGGGAAACGGAGAUGGCAACUGUCUGCGGUCCGAGUCGACGAGCAUACUUCGGUGACGCUUUCGACAUCUUCACUGUUUUGGGACAAAUGCUUGGCUUCCGUUACCCUAAAACUGGUGCUCUUUCCUGAAAAUCAACCGGUGGUAAUUCAUAAUCGUCAAGAAGUUGACCUACCUCUCAAUGGUCCUCAUACAUGGACAGUGACAGAUGGAUGUAAAUCUACAAGAUGCUUGGUUGAGAUCGAGUUUCGCAACAUUACUGAGUAUGGCAAAACAGAAUCCUUUUUGCGCUCUACACAAAUGAGGACGGCGUCAGUGGAGCAAGCCCAGUCUGGCGUCGCGCGCAUGCUGCGAGAAGGCAUCCUCACCGACAUCACCGUCAACGCGGCCGGCGGCAGCAUGAGGGCCCACCGCGCCGUCCUGGCCGCGCGGUCGCCGGUGUUCCUGAGCAUGUUCUCGCACAACCUCAGGGAGAAGGAGCUCUCCACGGUGGACAUCUCCGACAUGUCCAUCGACGCGUGCAAGGCCCUGGUCCGCUACCUCUACGGCGACGCCAGGUCCGAGUGGGAGCUGCUGGAGCACCGGAGCGAGCUCGUCGCCGCCGGCGACAAGUACGGCAUCGCCAACCUGAAGAAGGCCUGCGAGGAGAGCCUGAGGGAGGAUGUGGGCGUGGAGAACGUGCUGGACAGGCUGCAGAUGGCGCACACCUACAGCCUGCCGGCGCUCAAGCGGACGUGCGUCAGGCUGCUCGUGGACUUCGGGAAGAUGUACGAGAUCCCCGAGGACUUCGAGGCGUUCAUGGCGGCGGCAGACCAGGACCUUGCUGACGAGAUCCGCUCGACCGCAAUUCUCAGAGGGAGAAAGCUCGCGGCCAAGGAGAAGAAACCUGCAGCUAAAAAGACUCGGCGCCCCAGUUCCACGCCAAGCCAGGAUUCCGAUGGCGGCGCUCCGGAUAAACGAGCCCGGCGGCUCAAUGUCCGGCUUGCAGGCGACGAGUGGGCCAAGUGAAUUGUGCCCGCUUCGUCUGUUACAAGAUUCCCAUUCUAGGUCUCGCAAGUGUUUGCUCAAACGUCUGUGCAAGCGGUUCAAUGUCGGGGCUUUGUAGGCGAUGAGUGGGCUAGAUGAGUACUGCA